AUGGCUGGUGCUUGUCCUGGGGCCCGGAGCCUCACCCUGCAGAACCUGACGACUGCCAAAGAGAUUUCCAGUGGCGCCGCAGACUUCUGCACGAAGGACUUGCUGGUCGUCCCGAAGUGCCUAGAUGGCAUGGCACAGAAGCUCUCCGAGCUGAACAAGGGGAACUUGAUUUUGAUGGGCGUCCCAGCGCCACAGAGGUAG